CGCCUACGCUAACUCACGGACGCGUACACCCACUCAACCUCGCUACACAGUAACUUCCAAGGCCUAUUAUCAAGCUUGUCGCCAGCCAGUGCACCGUCUGUCCCGUUUUCCCACAAACGACCGAAGACACACGACUCAACGUAUUCAACUCCUAGGAGUACAUCGUCGAUGACUCAAGCUGGCGGUCUCUCCCCUGUGCAGAAGAGUACGACACGGUUGCCGCUGAGCUCACGAUGUCGUCAGUGCUGGCCGCGGCACUCUCGGCGUCUGGUUGAUUCUCGCCGACUCUAUUUCUCUUCACUGCGCCUGCAGUUCGCGCUCGCGAUUGGCCCCUCACCAUGCAUCCCAACUCCAGACGAGAGAACACUGCUACGGUGUCGUUCAUCCCUUGAAGAGCGUGGAGUGUUCCUGCUCCUCCGAACUGAGCCAGUUGACUCGGUCGGUCGUGCCCCUAGCGUGCCGCGCCGUAGCACGCGCGCGUCUUCACCUCACCCUCCGCACGCAAUCCUCCGUUACGCGCACAGACCUUACCCGAGCAUGUCGAAAGCUCGAGCUGGCUCUCUUGUCCGCGCAGGUGGUAAAUGAGGCAUCUGUAUCGCCGUAAGCAUCCAGUCUGAGGCAUAGAGGA